AUGUCCAUCCGCACCGGACGGAUACGCGUGUGUCUCUUACCGUCAUCGGUAGCCCUGCUGUUGGCACUGGUACUACUCCUACCGGCGUCACCGACCGUGGCCUACCAGUGCUUGUGUGGUGAGCGGCGUGCACAGAACGAAACCAUCUACCCGGACGUACCGAUCGAACCGGGCGAAUGGCCCUGGCACACACUCAUCUACUACUGGGCCGGUUCGCGGCUUGAUCCGCCGGCCAAGAUCUGCGAGGGUGCGCUCAUCGACGAGCGCUUUGUGCUGGCCGCCGCCCACUGCUUGACCGUGCGGGGCAGUACCGACGGUGAGCUGCUGCCGGCCGACCAGCUCGUAGUGCACGUCGGUGUCGUCUCGGUGCAGCAGGACAACGAGCGAUCGCGACGGUUCCAGGUGCGCAACGUUACCGUGGAGGAUGAGUCGGAUCUGGCGCUGAUCGAGCUGCAGCUGAGUGAACCUCGCACCGUCCCGAAGCUGUUGCCCGAUGUGAGUCUCUCCAGCGAGGAAGGGAGUGGUGGUGGCGAGGAGCUGCCGCAAGAUCCGGUGCCGACGGUCGACAGUGGCUGGAAGCCCAUCCCGGUCUGUUUGGUGGAUGCGCUCGAUCUGACCUCACUGUACGGGACGGAAAUGUACAUACUCAACCAAAGCCAACGGAACCGGCUGGGAGGUUACGAACCGGUGCGCCUAGUACUGGACGAGUUCCUGCUAUGCUCCGGAUCGACGCUCGCCAUGAAGUCACGGUCCAUCAAUGGAACGACCGUUUCCUUCACUAUUAAAGAUCUCAACCUACCCAGCAACGAUCGGGGGACGGCACUCUACUUCAAGCAUCAGGGCACGUGGAGUCUGCUCGGAUUUACCGUGUCACGGGCCACCCGUCAAUGGACGCCCGGUUCCGUCUGUCUGCCGAACGACAUCAUUUCCUUCGAUUGUCUCUAUCCGGCACUGGACUGGGUGAUGGAAAACUUUGCCGACACCAACAGCUAG